UGCCUUUACCAAGUGGAAAUGUAGCGGGAGCUUCACCAAGUCCGUCUGGAUUUCCAUCUCCUUCCUUACCUGGCUUCGGUGGUGUCCCAUUACCAUCUUUACCUGGUGGUAGUCCAGGAUCUUCUAGUGUGUCAGGGUCUUUUAAUGGUAAUCUGCCUUCUGGAUCAACUGCGGCUGGAGGUACUACUCAAGGAGCUGCAACUACUGCGGCUGCAGGCGCUACUACUCCUGCAGGUGCUACUACUGCAGCUCCAGGCGCAACCACUGCUGCUGGCGCCACUACGCCCGCAGCUAGUGCAACCGCGCCAGCCGCUGGUGCAACUACAGCUGCCGCUGGUGCAACUACACCUUCAGCUGGUGCUACAACUCCGGCAGCAGCAACAACAGCCCGCUGCUGGUGCAACCACCCCUGCAGCUGGUGCAACUACACCUUCCGCUGGUGCAACUACGCCAGCCGCUGGUGCAACUACGCCCGCCGCUGGUGCAACCACCGCUGCUGGUGCAACUACCCCCGCAGCUGGUGCAACUACCCCUGCCGCUGGUGCAACUACACCAGCCGCUGGUGCAACUACCCCAGCCGCUGGUGCAACUACACCAGCCGCUGGUGCAACUACCCCCGCUGCCGGAGCUACGACACCUGCAGCUGGUGCAACUACCCCAGCCGCAGGAGCUACAACACCAGCCGCUGGUGCAACUACCCCAGCCGCUGGUGCAACUACCCCCGCCGCUGGUGCAACCACGCCUGCCGCUGGUGCAACUACCUCUGCGUCAGGUGCAACUACCGCAGCCGCAGGUGCAACUACCGCUGCCACUGGAGCAACUGCCCCCGCUGCAGCAUCAACUGGCGCACCUACUGGUUCUUUCCCAUCCAUAUCUGGAACUGGAGGCUUUAAUGCCCCAUCUCUUGGAUCGCCAUCUUUACCUAGUUUUCCUAAUUUAUCUCCUCCCAAUCUACCUAAUCCUAUGGAUGCUUUGGGAUCUAUGACUUCUAAUCCAGGAAACGCACUGCCGAUUUCACAAGUCCAAUCUGCUGUCAAUCCUGGACAGUUCAGCUCUGGUCUUCCAACUGGAAGUCUACCUGGAAACCUGCCAUCACAGGCUCAAAGUGUAGCUGCCUCCAGUGCUCAAGCUAUUUCUGGUGCUGUACCUACAGGGGCAGUAGCAUCGGCAUUCAACCCUCAAUCAGGUUUACCGUCUGCAGGAAGCGGCUUCCCAGACCUAAGCGGAGCUGCUCAACAGUUUGCAGGAAAAGCAAAUAACGUGGCAGGAGCAGCCAAUCAAUUAGCUGGCAGUUUCGUAGGUGCCGCCCAGGAUAUCACCGGCAAGGCAGGCAAUCUUGCAGCAUCCAUAGGCGGAUUCUUUGGAUAAAGAAACGAACGAGGAAGAGAAAUAAUAUAUAAACUAAGUUAUAUAAAUAUUGUAUUUAAUUAUAUUCUGUAGUAUAAUAAUAUUCUGUAAUAAAUUAUUCUAGUA